CCCUCUGCCAAAGCCCUGCUCAGCCAUCAGCCCCGCUCCCACCGCCACACACCGGCUACAUGUGGGAAAAGACCUUCAGAGUGAAACCAAGCGAAGCACAGAAACAGCACUGAACCUCACUUUUUACUGCAUGGAAUAACUGCACUGAUUUGUUUCUGACACUGAAGCGUGGUAGGUGUGUAAAGUGGAGAAAGUUGGAUGCCCGAGAGGAAAUUUGCAAGUCGGGACUGGACGAGAACAGAUUUGUGAUCUCGUAACCUCGAGGAAUAACCUCAUCUGGGUGGCUGACUGCACCGGUUCCGGACGAGCUGGGUACUCUUCUCAUGAAACCCGAGAAAAGUCGCUUCGCCGUGUGGAGAAGUAACCGAAGAGUUGGACACGGGACGAGGUUUUGACAAAUCCUCAUGGGAGCCAUGGAAUGACUGGAAAUGGCAGGAAAAGAGCUCUGAACUUUCACAGGUUGAGUCCAGAAGGAUGUGUUUCUAAACCCAAGCUGCUGGGAGGUCAAGAGGUGACAUGCCUCUGUAAGACACAACUGGAAACAAAUGCUCUGCUACCAUGCCUCCGGGGAUGGUGCGUUGUCUGUCAGUGUUAGCAGCCCAAACACUGCUGUCCCUCCUGCUGCUAGCCAUUGGUUGGCCCUCAUUUUUUCAUGGUGUCCAAGGAUCACAUACCUCUUCUUCAAAUCUUUAUCCCACCUUUAUCCGGAAUGACACGCUGUUUGAGCACUUGGCCCUGCAUCCUAACCCCAGUGUGAGUCGGGUCUAUGUUGGGGCCCGAGAUCACCUAUUCCAGUUGGAUCAGUUUCUCCAACCUGAACUCCAGGAUGAUACUGGACCUGUCACAGACAGCCGGGAGUGCUUACCUCCUGUAACUGAGACCAACUGCCCUCAGGCGAGGGCCACCAGCAACUACAACAAGCUCUUGCUGAUCGAUCCAUAUUCCAUGGCGCUUAUUACCUGUGGGAGUGUCAACCAAGGAAUUUGCCAGAAACGUAGUCUUGAUUCUGUGGAUGUGAUACUUUUCUCUACAGAGAGGCCUGUGGAUACUCAAUAUGUAGCAGCUAACCACCCCAAUGUUAGCACAGUGGGACUUGUGGUUCGCCCUCAUCCUGACAGGCAGCCAGUGCUGUUUGUGGGGCGGGGUUACACCAGCAGCCACCCACCUAUUUCCACACGAAACCUUGCCCAGGACCCCAUCUUCUCUUACGAGGAGACUGCCAAAUUGGCUGUGGCUGGCCGUCUGUCAGAAUAUGACCAUCAUUUUGUAGCAUCAUUUGCUCAUCGUCAGCAUGUAUACUUUCUGUUCUACAGGCGGGACCUCAAGUCUCAGUCACGAGAGUACCGUACGUAUGUGUCUCGUGUUUGUUUGGACGACCAGGCCUACUACUCCUACGUGGAAGUACCACUGUCAUGCCAUUCCAGGGCAGGAAAAAUGUACAACCUCUUGCAAGCUGUUCAGCUUGGGAUUUCCAAGGAUGGUGUUCUAAGUCAAGGUUCAGAAACUCUUCUUGGUGUCUUCUCCACUCGUUCGGCUUCAUCACCUCAGCCCAGUGAGGACUCAGCACUCUGCACGUUUAACCUUGAUGAUGUUGACCGCAGGAUUAACUCAACCAGAGACCUGUGCUACACACAGAUGGGUAAAGAAGCGGGAGUGGAGGCAGCUUACAUUGAGUACGAGGUCAAAUCCAACUGUGCCAACCUGCCAGAGAACACUCUCGAUGCCUACCCCUGUGGCUCUGACCACACCCCCAGCCCAAUGGCCAGCAGGAUCGCCGUGGAAGCAGAGACCAUAUUGGACAGCCCGUCGGCCCGCCUCACUGCUGUGGCUGUCAGCGUGAGGGCGGGACAUACCAUUGCCUUCCUGGGAGACUCCAAGGGGAACCUGCACAAGGUGUUCCUGGGUCCAAACGGAGAGGUGGAGGAGUACUCUGUCAUCUCCAUUCAGCAGAAUGCAGCUAUCAGUUCAGACCUCAUCCUGGACCAGAAAGAGGAACAUCUCUUCAUAAUGACGCAUAACAUGCUGCAGAAGAGGCCCGUGGCUGAAUGCCAGCAGCACCCAGAGUGCCACUCCUGUCUGCUUGCCCAUGACCCCUACUGUGGCUGGUGUGUUCUGGAAGGAAGGUGUGUUCUACAGUCUGAGUGUGCUCGUGGGGAGCAGCCAGGUCAGUGGCUUUGGAGCUUUGACAUGGAGCAGCAGUGUCUGUCCAUCCAGGACCUGAACCCCUCCAACAUCAGCAGGGAGGAGAGCAGGAUGGUGUCUCUGUCAAUCCCAGGACUCCCAGUGUUAGAGAAGGAUGAGUCUUACUCAUGCUUCUUCCAGGACAGCCACAGUCUUGCUAUUGUCACCAAAAGUGGGGUCACCUGCCACUCUCCUGACACCAGCCAAGUACCCAUAGUGCCUCCAGGACAGGACUUUGUCACAGUAGUACUGUCUGUUCGCUUUGGAGACGUCUCUGUCACAGCAAGGGACUUCACCUUCUACGACUGCACGGCUGUAAAGCAGCUGUCUGGCAGUAUGCCUUGCCGUGGUUGUGUUUUGAGCCGAUGGGGCUGUAACUGGUGUGUUCACCAGCACUUAUGUACCCACAAGCCCACCUGUGAGGAGGGGGUGAUCAUCUACAACCAACAUUUUAAACUCCCCACCUCAGCUCCACCCACAUCCAAACCUAUUAAAGUCAUCACCACACCCACUACUACAAUUGCUGCUAUGACAACCACCACCACGACAACUCCUACAACAACAAGAACCACAACAUCUGCAGCCCCUGUCACUGUAGCAACCACCCAGGAUCCAACCACUCCUCCUGCACCCUCAACCCCACCGAUAACCACCACCGACCCUGAGACAACCACUUCACACACCACCAUGCCCCCUCAGCCUGCCAGCUCACUGCCAUCCAUCACGCCAGCGCCCACUACAGCUCCACCCCUGGGGGUCACCACCCGUCAGGAAAAAGAGACUGAAGAAGGACAGCUUGCUGUUGUCACCCAAAGUGACAGUGAAGUCACAGCAGCUACACCCAGUGCAGCCAUGGUAGCCAUGGAAUUAUUACCUGUCACUAUGGCUGAUGGUCUAAGUGGAGAUCUGGAGCCUGUGAUGCCUUUGACUGUCCCGCCCCAUGACCCUAACUCUUCCCCCUUGGAAUUGGUGACCAAGUCACCCUCAAGUGACACUCAGGAUGCUGAGGGAGUUUUAAGCCUGGCAGAACCUCCCACUCUGGCCUCAUCUGACUUCCCCCUGCCCACGCCUUUUCCUGUUGGUGAAGCAGAUGAAUCUGAGCUCUCCCUCCACCUGGACGUGAUCCAGACUCCCACUCCAGUGCCCACUCAGGAUUCCCAGAUUGAGGCAGGAAGCCCAGGCAAUGACCCUGAGGUGCUCCUCUGGCCUAAAGAAAAAACAGAGGCCCAUGUUGAGAGUGCCGUCCAGCCGGAGAAUGACACCGCCACAUUUUCAGCUGCUACUGUGUUGUCAGGUGAUGGGGAGGUUGACCAUGCCCCACCAUCAUACGCUCACCUGCUGGAUAUUGACUCAGAGCUGGACUACCAGUAUGAUCCAGAUGACGCCUUCCUCCCGGGGGAUGAGGGCUCCUUCGUCAGCUGGGGCUCCUCAGCUUGUCCCUGUGUGGAGAAGGUCCAGGGUUCAUCACUGCUGCCUGUCAGAGUGGAGAGGAAGAUCACCUUACUGGCCCGUAACCUGCACCUCUAUCAGGACACUGAGCUGGACUAUGAGUGUGUAUUGGUCAUUGAAGGGCAGACAGUGGUGGUGGACGCCUACGUGGAGACCGAUGACACCAAUCCAUCAAACUUUGACAUCACCUGUCAGCUGCACCAGUAUACAUAUUCCUCUCCUGUGGAGGAAUACAACGCCAUGGUGUAUGUGAAGAGGAGGGACACCUUCCAUGUGGACAGCUCUCCUGAUCUGUAUGUAACUCUGUACAACUGCUCUGUGGGUCGCUCUGACUGUAGCCGCUGUCAUACAGCUGACCGCAAGUAUGGCUGCGUGUGGUGUGGUGGUGCUCACGCCAGCUGCUUGUACUCAGACACCUGUCGUGAACCCGUACAGGAGACGUGCCCCGCCCCUGUCAUUCACUCUAUUGAGCCUCUCUCUGGCCUGUUGGAAGGCGGCACAAUGGUGACCAUCUCAGGCUCCAACCUGGGCCAGAAGGCUGAAGACAUCCUCAACUCUGUGAUGGUAGCCAGGGUUCCCUGCGUGGUCAUUCCCCUCCUCUAUGAGGUCUCCUCCAGAAUUGUGUGCAGGACCAAAGCCAGUGGAGGAGAGAAAGAGGGCCACGUGUCUGUUGAAGUGAGUGGAGGCGAGUUUGGCCUGUCCAGCCAGACAUUCAGCUAUCAGGACCCAUUUGUGAUGGGGGUGACUCCUGAAAGGGGGCCUAAAGCCGGAGGAACAUCCUUGACAAUUACUGGCCGAAACCUGCUGACAGGACGUCCCUCUGACCUCACCAUCACUGUGGGAGGGGUGCCCUGUAACAUUGUGUCAGAGGUGCAGACGUCCAGUGUUCAGUGUGUGACAGGCAGCAGCAAUAAGACAGGAGAUCACCAACUCACCCUGCAUUACGGCAGCAGCCAGCGCCACCUCCACUCUUCAGCUUACUACUUCACCCACAACCCCAACAUCAGCCACGCCACACCAGCAAAGAGCUUCUUAGAUGGUGGCCGGCGGAUCUAUGUGUCAGGCCACAACCUGGAUGUGGUGCAGGAGCCCCACAUGGUGGUGACUGUCACUCCCUACGAUUCAGUCCGGCAGAAUAAAAGGAGGAAGCGAAGACUGAAAAAGAGAAGGAGUGGAGAGCAGGGGGAGGACAUGGAGGAGACUGUGGAGAGGCCAGCGAGGAUGGUUCCUGACCCUGUCUGUCCUGAAGGCCCUGUUUGCUCUGUCAAACAGUUCACGGAGCGCUGUGAGGUGAACUCCUCUACUCUGAUCCUGUGUCGCUCUCCUAUGGUGGACUCCUCCAUCUGGGGGUCAAAGGUCACUGUGGAGUUUCUGCUGGACAACCUGCGCUUUGACUUCAGCCGCCUGAACACCCAGACCUUCAGCUAUGAACCUAACCCUGUCCUGCGGCCCCUAAACCAGCAGGAUCCCCAAAAGGCCUACCGCUACAACCCUGGCAGCUUCAUCCAGCUGGAGGGGGAAAACCUGGACCUGGCCAUCACGAAGGAUGAGGUGGUAGUGUUGGUGGGUGAGGGUGUGUGUGCUGUUAAGACCCUGACGGCAAACCAUUUGUACUGUGAGCCGCCACCUCAGCAGCCCGCCCCGGUAUCCAACGGCAGGAAACAAGAGGGUUCCGACAGUCUGCCUGAAUUCACUGUCCAAAUGGGCAACCUGAACUUCUCCCUUGGUAAGGUUCAAUACGACAAUCUCAGCCUGUCCACCUUCCCCCUGGAGGCUCAGAUUGGAGUUGGGGUCGGGGCGUCUAUUGUGGCCCUCAUCGUCCUCAUUAUCGUGCUCAUUUACAGGAGAAAGAGUAAGCAGGCUCUGAGAGACUAUAAGAAGGUCCAGAUCCAACUGGAGAACUUGGAAACCAGCGUGAGAGACCGCUGCAAGAAAGAGUUCACAGACCUUAUGACAGAGAUGAUGGACAUGUCCAGUGACUUGGUGGGCUCUGGCAUUCCUUUCCUGGACUAUCGGAUGUACGCUGAACGCAUUUUCUUCCCUGGCCACCGGGAGUCUCCACUGAGGCGAGACCUGGACGUUCAGGAGUGUCGGCGGCAGACGGUGGAGCAGGGCCUGGUGCAGCUGUCCAACCUGCUCAACAGUAAACUCUUCCUCACCAAGUUCAUUCACACUCUGGAGAGCCAGCGGACCUUCUCACCCAGAGACAGGGCCUAUGUGGCCUCCCUGCUGACGGUGGCGCUGCAUGGCAAACUGGAGUAUUUCACCGACAUCCUCAAAACUCUGCUCAAUGACCUGGUGGAGCAGUACGUGGCCAAGAACCCCAAACUGAUGCUGCGACGAACAGAGACGGUGGUGGAGAAGCUGCUCACCAACUGGAUGUCCAUCUGCCUCUAUGCUUUCCUCAGGGACUCUGCAGGGGAGUCACUCUACAUGCUGUUCAGGGCCAUAAAGCACCAGGUGGAUAAAGGACCAGUGGACGCUGUGACCGGCAAGGCCAAGUACACCCUCAAUGACAACCGCCUGCUGAGGGAGGACGUGGAGUACAAGACCCUGACUGUGAAUGUACUGGUGCAGGGGGGAGGAGUGAACGAGACCCAGCCACUGCCCUCCAAAGUGCUGGACUGUGACACCAUCACACAGGUGAAAGAGAAGCUGUUGGAUCAGGUGUACAAGGGCACCUCCUUCUCCCAUAGGCCCCACGCUGACUCUCUGGACCUGGAGUGGCGGUCUGGUGUAGCCGGUCAUCUCAUCCUGUCAGACGAGGACUUGACGUCUGUGGUUCAGGGGAACUGGAAACGCCUCAACACACUGCAGCACUACAAGGUCCCAGACGGUGCCACAGUAGCACUGGUCCCCCGUCACACCAAACACAUUCACCAUGACAACCAUGACUACGUGGCAGGAGAGAAGACUCCAAUGCUGGAGGAUGCAGAUGAAGGUGGAGUGAGGCUGUGGCACCUGGUGAAAGCCAGUGAGGAGCCUGAGCUGCCCAAACACCGCAGAGGCAGCCUGAGGGAGAGAGAGAGGGCCAAGGCCAUCCCUGAGAUAUACCUGACCCGCCUGCUGUCCAUGAAGGGGACGUUGCAGAAGUUUGUGGAUGACCUGUUCACAGUGAUCCUCAGCACCAGUCGUCCUGUCCCGCUGGCUGUCAAAUACUUCUUUGACCUGCUGGACGACCAGGCGGGACAGCACGGCAUCUCCGACCCAGAGACGAUACACAUCUGGAAGACCAACAGUUUGCCUCUGCGUUUCUGGAUCAACAUCGUCAAGAAUCCUCAAUUUAUCUUUGACGUCCAGGCAUCGGACCAUGUGGACGCGGUGCUCUCUGUCAUUGCCCAGACCUUCAUGGACUCCUGCACCAUCGCUGAGCACAAGCUGGGACGGGACUCUCCCAUCAACAAGCUGCUGUAUGCCAGAGACAUCCCACGCUACAAACAGAUGGUAGAAAGGUACUAUGCUGACAUCAGGCAGACCAUCUCAGCCAGUGACCAGGAGAUGAACUCUGCCCUGGCUGAACUGUCCAGGAACUAUUCUGGAGAGCUCAACUACUUGGUCGCACUGCAUGAGCUGUACAAGUACAUCAACAAAUACUACGACCAGAUCAUCACAGCGCUGGAGGAGGACACCACGGCCCAGAAAAUGCAGCUCGGCUACAGACUGCAGCAGAUUGCAGCUGCAGUCGAGAAUAAAGUCACUGACUUGUGACAGAGGGAACGUCCACCAGAGCCACGGCAAACAGAGUGGUUUUGGAGUAGGAGGUGAUUGAUUAAGAGACUGCAGGUUGAACUGAAAAGCAGGAGAGCAACACAGUAAAGAACAAAGAAGAACAUAGUACAGCCUUCCUUUCAGGAGGAAGUGUUCAAGUUGAAGAGCUGUGACUUUUUCUCACUCAAGGAUCAGAAGAUUCAGGUUGGCAUUAGAGUUUGGUGUUGUUGAAGGGAGGAUCUGUGACCUGGGUCCAGACACUCUGGAGAGGCAGGACAGCACAUGGACACCAGACAGACCUGAGCAACAACACCAGGCAGGCCUGCUGUGCCUCCAUUAACUUGAUGAAGAGACAUUUGAAGGAGUGUUUUGUCUCCAGAACACAUGUUGGAUUUUUUCAGUCCUACACAGCAGCUUUCAGGUAAAAUAACCCUGAUCUGACAGAACUGAUAAAAGGAGGAUUUUUUGUCACUGUUUUCCCUCUGGAGUGAUUUUUAUGAAGCGGUACUUCUUAUGCCUUGUGUGCUGGUCAUUGCUGUACAGUCAGAAGUUAUUUCUUUCUGUGUGUACUUUGAUUUGUGGAGGUGUGUGUGUGUGUGUGUGUUUGUGUGUGUGUGUGUGUGUGUGUGUGUGUGUGUGUGCUUGUGCGUGUGUCAGCAGUUACCCCCUAUUUGUCUGGUUGUCAAUCUGUAUCUGUUUUUUUUUGAUAAUUGUGAGUUAACUCUAGUUUAACGUAUUAAAGUAACUGAUUGCUGAUAGAUGUUAAGUCAGCAUUCAGAACACAGUGAACUUGAACACAUGUGGAACAAUGAAUAAUGAAGAAUAAUGGCCACAUCAUUGUCCUGAACCCCUUUUACUUAUCAGAAUUUGCUGAGAGUUUAUUAAGUCACUGCCACUCUACCUCAGCCUACUGUGCUGCAUCACAUACUUUUUCUCAUGUUGUUGACUUAACAGUAACACUACUGUACAUUUCAUCAGCUACAACAAAUCACGCACACACACAGGCACACACACAUACACACUUCAGACUUUUCAAGCUCAUUAUUUUGUGUACUAUGUGUGAGAUUAGAAUGAGAACCUGCAGGUUGUGUGAUAGUUUACUUUUUUUUUCUUGCUUUUAUACUUAUUCGUGUGUCUGUAGUGUUCAAGUCACUGGAAAGAUUUUAGAGGAAAACAAAAAUCAUUCUAUAAAGAAACUUCUAUAUUGAAGUUAGUGCACACCACAGUGUUUUACUGUGCAAGUCAGUCAAAUUUCUGUUUUGUACCUUUUUUACAUUCCAUGCAGUUUCCAAGCCAAGGCAACGGUACGUCUUUGUUUUGGGAUUGACAUUGUUGUUAGUGAACAGUUGAGGUAUCGAACACAAGGUGGCACUGCUUCUUGUGCUGACAGUCUGUAUGGCAUUUUGUUUUGUCAUGUUAUGUAUUGAUUGUACUACUCCUGCUUCAGUUAGUCUAGUUGAUCUUGUUGCACUGUUCUGCUUUCAGUUGGAGCACAGAGACUGUACAGACGUGAGCUCACAUUUGCUGAUGUUUUCCUUAUUUAAAUGACAAAGACUGAGGUGGCCUCUGGGGGUUAGUGGGGUGGGGUAUACUGUACUUGGAUAUUCAUUGAUGUUUUGUCUUGAUUUACUGCCUGUCUUGAGCCAAACUCUGUUUCUUCUUUAAUUAGUGUUUCCUAUGGCACUGCCCUGUGUGCUCGGGGCUUAGUUUAGGUAAAUGCUAAGGUUAUGGUUAGGCAUUUCAGAGAUAACUGGUUGGGUUAGGGUGAAUGCAAGGGGAAACCCAAAUCAACCAGGAAAUGGACUUUGACACAUCACCAGAAUGAUUUAAGUGGCAGAAUACAUAAAUAUCUUUCAAAAGACUUUUCAAUAUCAGAUCACAUCGAUACAAAGACAAGGCUUAAAAUAUGCUAAAUUAGGUACUUAGUUGUUUAUCUGUACUUCAGUCAGUGCUUAAGACUGUUUCACCUGUACUCAAGAAGUGAUGUUGGAUACUCAUCCCUAGUCCUCAGUGACCAAACAAGAUGAUAGUGUGUGAUCUUUUUUAAAACUGUCUUAUCUCUGUCCAUGAGCCCCCACCAGUACUUAACACACACACGUAACUAAUGACUCAUAUGAAACGAUGGUUUGUUCUGCCAUGUGGGUGAAUGCUCAGUAAUGAUAAAGACAGAGGGAAAAUCUGAGGGAAAACUAUCAUUUUUAUUUGGCUGUAUAAAUUUGGCAAUGUAGAGCAGGCUCUGCAAGGAGCAGUUUUAAGAAUAUUUCUUACUUUGUGUGUUAAUAUCAUUGUACAUAGUGAUUUAAAUUGUAACUGUAGUGAUUUAACCUGUUUAUUUAGAGAAGGUGUAACUUCUCACAGAUGCUGAUGUAAUAAAGUAUUCUUAAAAUGA